AUGUUUGUUCGCAAUGUUGCAGUUUGGGCUGUGGCUCUAAGUGUUACCGUUUCGACGGUUUUGAGCGAGAGUGCUGUUGGUGAAAAAGUCGCGAGAGCUGACGGAGAUGAUAGCAUAGCAAAACGUUUUUUGUUUUCCACAAACCCCAAUGAUUCCAGUGGCCCUUCUUUAGCAGAUCUCUUUGAUUCAGAUCGAGACGAGGAUGAUGACUCGAUCUCUGAAUUUAUUUCGCAUUUGCUAGAGGGUAAGGGUGGAAACUCUGGCUCGGGAGGUGGUUCUGGCAACAACAAUCCAGGAGGGAACAAUAACCCAGGGAAUAACAAUCCGGGAGUCUCUGGCAACAACAAUCCAGGUAAUAACACCCCGGAGAACAACAACCCAGGGAACAACAACCCAGGAGGGAACAACUCCCCUGGAGGCUCAGGUGGCAAUACUCCUGGCAACUCCGGAAGCGGAGGAUCGAAUGGAUUCCCCAACUUCCCUGGCUUCCCCGGCUUCCCUGGCUUUGGAAAUAGCGGAGGCUCAAAUAAUAACCCAGGAAACAACGGAGGUGUUGGGAAUGGAGGGUCAAAUGGCUUUCCUGGAUUUCCAAACUUCCCCGGCUUCCCUGGUCUUGGAAACGGUGGUGGUUCAAACAACAAUCCAGGGAACAAUAAUCCAGGUAACAAUGGGGGAAAUGGAGGAUCAAACAAUGGAGAAUGGUCUCCCUAUACUCCACUUAUCCAAUUUCUACGAGGCGAAGGAGCUAAUUCAGCUUAUGCCUCCCAAUUUUUAAACAGGUUAGAUGCUGCCGCCGUUUCCACCUUUCUACGUAGAGCUGGAUUUGCUUCUCUCGCCGAGUUUCAACAGGAGGCUGCUGCAGGUCUAAUCUCAAUUGGCGACUUCCUUACCUUUUUGGAUGCACUCUCACGCUAUUCCUUCUUACAAUUAUUGGGGUUUCCGUUAAUCAUUGGCUUUCCAAAUCCACCUGUAUCUCCAAGUGCAACUAGUUCACUAGCUAUAGUAACCCCAAUUACGAGCGUUGGUAUUAUUGGAGGUACUACGACUACGACUACGACUACGACUAGUACGAUACCUACGUCAUUCAUUCUUCCUGGCCCUUCAACUUCUUCUACCCGAACUUCCUCCACUCAAGCUAUUGUUGGAGGUUCUUCUACUUCUUCGACGAGAGCAAUUAUCGGAGGUCCUUCUACCUCCUCAACUCGUCCAAUCGUUGGGGGUCCUUCAAGUAGUAGCAGUACAAGAAAUGGUCUCGGAGCUUCAACUUCCUCGACACGAGCGAUCAUCGGCGGCCCUUCCACUUCCUCGACGAGAGCAAUUAUCGGAGGCCCUUCGACCUCAUCCUCUACAUCACGAAAUAUUAUUGGAGGUCCUUCGACUACAUCUACUAGACCCAUAGUUGGUGGUCCCUCGUCUUCUUCCACCACCCGUAAUAUUGUGGCCAGCCCAUCCUCUUCAUCUACUCGAAACGUUAUUGGUGGGCCUUCAUCAUCUUCCUCAACCAGAGCUGUUGCUGGUCCUUCAACUUCAAGUACAAGACCAUCUACUUCCACUAACUUGAUAGCAACUUUCAGAACAUCUAGCAGUAGUUCAUCAUCGAGCUCUCCCCGGGUUUCCACGCAAGGACUUGGAGCAUCAUCCAGCUCUAGUUCUUCAACACAAUUUAAUGUGGUACCCACCACAUCCACAACUCGUUCAAGCUCUAGCUCAUCAUCAACGCGGAUCAAUCUUGUAGUGACGAGCUCUAGUUCCUCAUCAACACGAGUGAAUGCCUUGUCAACAAGUUCUUCGGUCCGUUCCAGUACUAGCUCCUCGUCAUCUUCAUCCCGCACUUCUGCCUCGGCUGUCGGCCUUGGUGCUAGUUCUACUACAUCGCGGUCAUCAUCUUCUUCUCGAAGUACCACAGCCGUAGGCCUUGUGGCAAGCUCCACUUCAACUAGGACAUCAUCUUCCUCUUCCUCCUCUCGUAGCAGUACCUCGGCUGUAGGCUUAGUAGCUAGCUCUUCAUCUUCUAGGUCAUCGUCAUCUUCCUCUUCCUCUCGUAGCACUACUUCAGCUUCAUCUACCUCAAGUAGUAGAUCUUCAACCCUUUUGGCCGUCGUUAGCUCUAGUACUAGCCGGUCAUCUUCUUCCAGUUCACGCACCUCGUCUUCAACCCAGUUGGGUCUCGGUGCUACCACCAGUACCUCAAGAUCCACUACACUUUUCUCAUCCACCAGAACUUCAUCCUCCAGCUCCGUUAGCCCAACUACGAGUGCCGUUUCUGGUUUAUUAGUCUCACCCAAUGGAAGAUGCGGACCUCAAUCUAAUUCAUUAUACACGUGCCAAGGCAGUCCUAAUGGAAAUUGUUGUUCGAGAUUUGGAUUCUGCGGUCAUGAAGCUGAUUGGUGUACGGGUGGUUGCAACCCCGCAUUUGGAACUUGUGGACUGGGGCAGUACAAAGGAUUGACGACUUCGAGUAGUUCAACCGCUGUGGGCCUUGCUGGAACUUCUAGUUUCACUUCUAGAUCAUCAUCUAGAUCAUCAUCUAGCUCUAGAUCUUCCACGUCAUCCCCUGUCGCCCAAGGAUUAAGCACCAGUUCCACAAGACCAGGUACACUAAGUACCAGUUCAACUGCACGACUUAUCGGAACCUCUAGUUCGACUUCUAGAUCUUCUUCAUCAACAGCUGUGGGCCAGGCAUUAAGUACUAGCUCAACACGAGCAACCACUUCAAGCUCUAGUUCCACGGCACGACUUGUCGCUGGAACUUCCAGUUCUUCUUCCAGCUCGACUGCACGACUUAUUGGUACUUCCAGUUCCACUUCUAGAUCAUCGUCAACAUCGGCUGUGGGUCAAGGUCUAAGUACCAGUUCAACAAGAGCAGCUACUUCAAGUACCAGCUCAACAGCAAGGCUCGUGGGAACUUCCAGUUCUAGUUCGAGUUCCAGGUCUUCAACAUCGUCCGUAGUCGGUCAAGGAUUGAGCACUAGUUCAACAAGAGGAUCCACCUCAUCAUCUAGCACAAGGCCAAUUGCCGCCACCGUUAGCACAAGCUCAACACGCUCAUCCACAGCCGUCGCUGCUUCCGCUAGCGCUUGUAGACCAGUCGCAGCCCCUGCAGCAACCCUCGCCUUGACCGCAACUGACUGCUGUCAAUACUACAUCACCAGAGCCGGUGACACAUGUGCCAGCAUUGCCGCUCGUCCUGGCAUUGUCGGCUUAAAUCUCGCUGUUCUAGCUCUUCUCAAUCCAAACUUGAGAUGUGUAGGACAAGGCCCUCAAGUCGGUGUCGCCGUCUGUGUUCUAAAUAUCCAAUUAUCCAUCGUAGGCAACCUGGUGUCACCUGGUGAAUCCUCAACCGUAACAUCUUCGACUAUCGCAACUCCAAGUCCAUCUCAGGCAAUCCCUCAAAGCUUCUUUAUCCAGGCUCAAAAUUCUGGAACUGUAGCUGAUGGAACCAGUCUUAUGAUUCAACAAGCUGCGGAAUAUUUUGCUGGCUUUAAUUUAGAAUAUGGUCAAUCGGUUUUCCCAUUUACGUAUGAUCCUGAAACUGGAUACUUGACAUCGGGUCUAUAUAUCCUAUGGGCUACAGCAUCAUAUUCACCUCCAUCCAUCAAGGUGGCUCCAGUUGGUUUUACCGGAUGGGUAGUUCCGGCCUGGCCAUUGGUUUGUAGCAUAGAUGGCAAUCUGAAGGUGACAUGUACGGCCAAUGGAAAUCUUUAUGGGAAAUUUUACCUCAUAAAUGCAAACAAUGACGGACAAACUGAACUCGCUAUUGGCAAUGGCGCAACAACAAGUUCAAUCAUAGUUGCGCCAGUUGACCUCUACCUUGUUGCCAAUGAGGAGGAGGAUUAG